CGUCUAAUGGAGUUUGUUUUACCAACAAAACAAAACCUAAAAAGAAUCACCAAGCGAAGAAGCUUACUUUGAAAAUUAGAAAUAGAUCUAUUAAUGUUAUUUGACAAAAGUUGUUCAUGCUUCGUUUAAGGAAGAGUGGCAAUAUUUUGUAAUGUUGGAAAAAUUUUACUUGAAUUAUGGAUAUGGAUGGAACAAGAGAGAAAACUCGAAAAUUGGAGGUUUUGAUGAAAAAUACAGAAGUGGAUAAGAAAAAAGCCCUAGAAAUAUUAACAAGAAACAGGUGGAACUUAAAUGAUAGUUAUCAUGAAAUAGAGCGCAUGUGUGCGACUACUGGUCAAAGAAACCAUGGUUAUUAUAAGAAUGAAUUAAAUCAUCAGAAAAGUGUAUCACCACACCAUACAGCCAUAGAUAUGGGCUAUGGUACUGUUGUAAAUUUAGAAAAAAAAAUGGCUUCUCAUACCUUGAAUAGUCCUGCCUAUUCAUAUAAUCCAGCUCAGAACAGUGUAUUAUUAAACCAGAAACCAAUAGCUAGUCAUCAUCAUCAUCAACAGACUACCUUGCCUGCUAGGUUUCCUACAACUGCACUGACUUCCAGGCAGGAAACUAAUAUACCUAUCAAAAUGGAUGGAGGUAGACAACAAUCAUUACCACAGCCUUAUUCUGACAUGUCUGUGGGGAACUCUUUGAAAGCAUCAUAUGCGACUAAUCUUUCUAGUAAACAAGAAACCAAUGCAAAUGAAACCUAUAAUCCACCUCAAAGUACUAUUCAUGAAUCUUUGCUUCCGUCCAGAGAAUCUUCAAUUCAUCCUGCAGAGAGUGAAUUACCAUCUGAUGGUAAUUAUGAAGAUGAUGAUGUUUUUGAUGAAAAACCAACAAAAAAACCACCUACAGUCAAUACUUAUCCAAGAUUAAAAAGAGGAUUCUCUAACAUUUUGGAAAAUGAAGGAUUAGUUUCUGAAGCUCGUCAUAGUGUACAAAUAGAUAUAAUGAAAGACAAUGCAAACAUGUAUACUCAGACAUUUAUUUUGCCAAAUUUGGCAAAAUUUAGUGAAGAUUUCAGAGCUUUUCUGGGAAAGGAAUUGAUUGAGACAUCAACUCUUGUUUCCUUGGAACAAGCUGGUCGCCUGAAUUGGUGGGCUGAACUUCGACUUUGUCAGAGAUUGCUACCAAUGGCCACAAGUGGAGAUGGCAAUUGCCUUUUGCAUGCAGCCUCCUUAGCAAUGUGGGGCAUACAUGACAGACAAUUAAUACUCAGGAAAGAAUUACAUGAAACCUUAACAAAAGCAACAUACAGAAAAGCACUGUAUCGUCGUUGGCGUUAUCAACAAAAACUUCUUAACAAGCAGUCUGGACUUGUGUUCAGUGAAGCUGAAUGGGAGGAAGAGUGGCAAAACAUCUUGCGGUUAGCCACACCUCUACCUCGAGGAGUGCCUGAUGUAGCAGGCUCAAACAACUCUUGUGAUGGUAUCAGUAUGCAAGGGAGAUAUGAAGAGCCUGUUGUGUAUGAAAGCCUAGAAGAAUUCCAUGUUUUUGUCUUGGCACAUGUACUCAGAAGGCCCAUCAUUGUAGUAGCUGAUGCCAUAUUAAAGGAUUCCAGAGGAGAUGCUCUUGCACCUAUUCCAUUUCCUGGAAUUUAUUUGCCUUAUGAGGUGGACUCUUGUUAUAAAUCCCCACUUCUUCUCACAUAUGACGCUGCUCACUUCUCUGCAUUAUCUCCCAUGGAGCAGGAUGCUUCAGUCACACCACAGCUUCCAGCUGCCAUUCCAUUGGUAGAUCCAGAACUACGACUUCUGCCACUACAUUUCUAUGUAGACCCAGGCCCAAGAGUAGACUGGACAAAAGAGACAUUAUUGGAGCCUAGCCUGGAAGACAAAAUCAAUCAGCUCCAAAAGUUUUUGGAUGUUGAGAGAAUCCCCUUAAAGUUGACAGACAUUAAUGGUGACAGUGACAGGGGAUCUUGUGGUUCACAGGAUUCUGAUGAAAGUGCUUCAGUGUUUAAGGAGAAGAAGAAAGAGGAAAAAAAGAAAGAUGCACGAAUGUCCCAGCAAGUACAUACUGUUGCUAAACAGUUUGGGAGCAUUGGAAAAACAAUGGGGAAGAAACUGAAGCAGCUAGGAAAGGUUGGCAGAGGGGACAAGGGCCGUCAGCAAUCAAGUGUUGGUAAUGAGAUCACCCAAAGUACUAGAGUAAUGUCCAGCUAUGGACAUCAACAUAAUGGCCAAGAAGUGAUCUUAGUAGCCAAGCUGCGGCCUGUUCCAGGGAAACAGCAUGAUGAGAUGGUUACCAAUUAUCUGCAGAAUGCAGGUGAGAGGUUCCACUCUGACAGAGAGUUGAAGAGGAGAAAUGAUGUAGAGAUUCGUAGCAAAGUUGCAUUAUAUCCACCUGUAAAUUCAACUUUGUGUAGCACCCCAGACUGUAAUUUAUUUGGUAAUCCACAAACAAAUUAUCUGUGUUCUCAGUGCUAUGCUGCACAACACCUUGAAGCAGAUUUGAUGCGUAAGAAAAAUAACCAAUUUGUUUACAACACUUUUCCUGGUAGAGGAAAACAGACAUUUUCUACACCGAUGAACCCUGAUGAAAUUUUUAGAUGCGGAAAAUCCAAAUUUUAUACAUCUAGCAAUGAAGAAAUAGGUCAGCAAAUGGCAAACCCAGAUGUUUAUCCCAACUUUGACAAACAAACAAGCUAUUCUAACAAUAAUACAAAUGUUCCCAGAUUAAGAUCUCCAUCUCCUGACUAUGAUAAUGUUUAUGAUGAUUCUGGGACUAAACAACAAAUGAGUACCCAUGAGAGACAGCGUUGUAGAACAAGUGAAUGUGAAUUUUAUGGGAGCCCUGAAUCUGAUGGCUUUUGCUCAAAAUGUUUUAAGUAUAAGAAUAGUAAAGAUGAAGGUUUUGAAAUAUAUUCUCAAACAUCCACAAAGUUAUAGAACAUCCCUUAAAAAAAUUUGGAGAAGGUGUAUCUUGUAUUGAACUAGACUUAUUUGUGCCUAUUCUGGCUUCUUGGCCAGAUUUUGUGUGCAUUUUAUGUAGCGUUUAACAGUAUAAUGUCAAUUGGCAUAAAGGUUCUUGGGAAAGUAACUUGGUCUGUCUUAUUAUAGAGUUCUUUGUUGUUCUUUAAUGCCUAGCUUAUUUAUUUUAAUGAUAUUCAUGCCUUUGAGUACCAUUAGCAUUGUUAUAAAUCAUUAAAAGAAAAAUGAAUAAACAUUCAAUAUCAGUACAUUUGUACAUAAGGUUAAAAAGAUAAGCCUUUAUUAUUACCUAAAUAUGUGAAAAGCUUGGUUUGAGAAAAAAAAGUUUUUUUUAUUCAACAAUUUCUUACGCACUUUUUUUUAAAUUGUGUACUUUAGCUUAUUAGACUUAGAGAAAAAAUAUAUUAUGGGGAAGGAUUGGUGUUCAAAUAAAGUUGUUUAAUAACCAUUCUGUUAUUAUGUUGGGCCUUCAAAUCCAAAAAUUCACUUGCUUUUCUUUUUUUUUUAAACAAUUUUUGUGCGUUUUUCUUAAAGAGUUUUGUUUAUUUACAUUUUUGAUCACCUAUAUUUAAAGGUAUGGGUUUUUUUUUAAACUUUUGAUAACAUCAGCUUAAUGUUACUUGUAGUGAAAACUGUUGUGAAAAUUCACUUUCAAUAUUUUUCGGCCAGUGCAUUACACCUCAGUUGUUUUAAAAAGCCAGUUACUUUAUUAACAAUAAUUCUCUAGCUAUGUUUAAAUUAUAUUUAAAACUAGAAAAAAAUUCUAUGCAUUGAUUAAGAAUUAUUAUUGAAUUUAUUGUAAUGUAGUUACACAUAUUCAUUAUAGUUUAUCCCCCAUCAAACUUUCAAGUUUUGUACUUAAAAUCUGUGCACUUACAUAUGUAAACAUUUAAUUUAUAUUUGUAUAUUAUUUAUGGUUAGUUUUAGUCAUAACUAUCUUAGCUUUUUUAUCGUAGCAGGUUUAUCAGCAUCCAUUCCUGAAUUUUUAAAUUUGUAAAAAAAAAUUGCUUUUACUCAGUAUUGGUUAGCUCGUGCCUUCUUGUUUUGCACAAAUUUUUGCUCUGCAAACUGUGAAAGAAAUUUUUUUUAACUGUUCUACUGAUUGUGUGUUAAGUUUUAAAAUAUAUUUUUUAAUCAAACACAUGACUUUGGUGUGUUUAAGCCAUUUAAAAUAUACCCCAAGUUUUACAUUUUGUAAAACAUGACCUACCAUUGUCGAAUGUGUGAGACCUUUAAAAUUCGUGUUGCAAUAGGAAAAAUUCAGAUAGUUUUUUGGAAUAUGUUGUGAGGCUUAUUUUAAUGAGCUGGUUACCCUACUAACCAGUGGUCUUGGAGGCUAUGUCAUAUAGGCUGAGAUAUCCACACAAGGUUCACCGUACUUUAGACACUCACUGAUUGCUCUUAAAAACUUACAUUAGUUGCAUUUUAAUUCAUCUAAUGAUUCAUUUAAUCCUGAUAGUUUUGCAAUUGUACUAUGAUAAUUUUCCCUUUUUCUCUAUGACUAAUUAAACUUUAAUGCAUGUAACUUUAAUAUGACAAGAGAAUACUUUAAACCCUGUGCAGAACAACAAGCCUGAUAUUAUAAUGUAAAAAUUCCUAUCAACUUUAUGUUUGUCAAUUUUAACUGUGUGCAGUACAAGUGGUUGCUUUACAUAUUCAUUUUUAUUGUUAAGAAUAAAAGCUGCCAUUGAAGACAAUUUAUGCAGAAUGAUCUAGUUUAGCAUAAUGUUUUAGGCCAUCUUUAACUUUUUAAAAUUAUAAUUUUCCACAAAUUAACUGCUUUAAGUUACAUUCACGUUGUAUACAUUUUAACCUGAAUAUCCAUGCUUAAUUAAAGUUUUAGGUUGUCUAGGUUAAAAACUUUCUUUUAAUAAUUAAAACUGUAUAUAUGUAAAUUAUUUAUUAUUGGGUGGAGAUAUAUAUAUAAGUAGUUUUAACUUACUGUGAUUUGCAGCUAAUUUAGCCAUAUUUUUAUUUUACAGGUAUAGUUAUAUUUGUAUAUACCACCUUUAACUAAGUCUUUAAAUAUUGCUUUUUUUCAAAGAGUUUUAUAAUCCUGCAAUUUGUUUUGCCUGUACAUUUUUUAAGCUCCAAAUCUAAUGGUGACUAGGAUUUCAUAUCUACAGAGAAAAAACUAGUACAUUUAAGUUUCUCCUCAUAAAGGACACAUUUCAGUAAAGUGCAGCUUUGAAUCAUUCGUCUCUGUCUUCCAUUGCUAAAUUUUUUCUAUUGCUUGUCAUCAAAGUAAGUCUCAUUCUUGUGUUUUUUUUU